AUGAGCUCGCAGCGCGGCAACGUGAAAAAGCGCGCGCCCAAGCAUCAGAAUGCGUUCGCGUUUAAGCACAACCCCAAGUCCAGGAAGACGGAGCGCAUCAUGUCUAUGCCCAUUCAUGGACUCUGCGAGAAAUGCCGCAAGCAGAUCGAAUGGCGCAAGAAAUACCGCAAGUACAAGCCACUCACGCAGCCAGGCUCCUGUAUUUACUGCCAUCAGAAGACAGUGACAUCAGCCUAUCAUGCCUCUUGUGACCCCUGCGCCAAGGAGCGAGACAUUUGUGCCAAGUGCUGCUUGGCCAAGGAGAUCGUGGCGAGGUGCCAAGAGCUGCUGGCGGAACACGAGAAGAAGGAGCGUGAGUUUGAAAAUACGCUGGAAGGCAUGCGUGAACGCGACCGUCGUGCAUACCUACGCAAGUUGGAGAAGGAGAAAGAGGCAAUUACCAACAGAGAAAGUGUGGAUAGCGCUGAAGGCAACGCCUACGAGUCGUACGACGAGGACGAUGAGGGCAUGCAGUAA